AUGGCUUCGCUUACCCACCAUGACGAGUCUUCUUGGCUCUCAUGUUUUGACUGUUCUGACAAGAAUUCAGAGUCGUCAGGUAAUAAUACUGCUUACAUGACUGUGCCCAUCAAACAAAAGUCGCUUCAGACAGGCGACGAAAUGAAGCAAACGGAAGCCUACCUCGCUGCUGAACUCAAUAAGCUAACAGUGCAAGAACGAGCAAAGGCGAUGGACGACAUCCACUGCGUUGGCGAAGAGCUCAAUGAGACACCUGAGAUGAUUGAGCAAUCACUAAGGGAGUUUGAUCAUUUAGUUCAAAAGAUGAAAACUCCAACAUACGAAAUGGCCGUGAAUCAGAACAAAGCUUUCGUCGAAGACCCUUCAUUCUGGCUUCGGUUUCUGAGGUGCAACAUGCACGAUGUCAAUCGAUCCGUACGUCAAAUGAUGGAGUUUUUGAAGCAUAAAGCAACUUAUUUUGGGGAGGACAAUGUCGCUCGGGAGAUCACCCUAGAUGACCUGAAUGAUGCAGAUAUGUCGUUGCUAUUGUCGGGCCUGUACCAUAUUCAGGAUGGAAGAGAUCGCAAAGGACGAGUCGUUUUGUACAUAACAACAGAACUUUUAGGCAGGUGUAAGCUUGGGAACCUUAUCCACGUUAUAUAUUACAUAUGGAACAAUAUCUUGAUUCCUAUUCCGGACUCUCAAACAAAAGGGGUUGUGAUGAUACUAUAUGAUGUGACGAAACCAGGAGAAAAAUUUGUGAUGCCUCAAUAUAACUUCAUCACGUACACAAGCGUGAUGUUAUCAUUUCCAUUGCGUUAUUCUGCGAUGCAUGUCUGCCUGAAGACGGACCUUGGGAAUUUAUCAUUGUACAACGCCCUCGUGAAAGGUUCCCUUUGCAUACUUCCAGAAUAUGCGAGAGCCCGAGUUCGUCUCCAUUAUGGCACUGACAUUGAAAUACACUAUUAUCUUCGUUCCCACGGUAUAUCCACCCAAACGUGUCCUGUCGAUUUAAGUGGGAAUCUGCGUAUGGACAUCUUGAAUAGUUGGUUUGAGAGACACUGCGCCGAAAUUGGCGCCGGAAAACGGCACGGUAAUGACUUCUCCGGAUAUCGUUCAUUGCAGCUCCAAACAUUAGCACCAGAAGUGGUCUGUGAUCCUCGGCUAGCGCUCGAUCGUAAACGGCCUUUGCCGCAAGAUGUGUUGCUAGGAAGAGGAUGGAAAAUGCAAAACCAUGAAGGCAAUAUCCAUUUUCGACAGUUCGUAGAGGGAUACAGACAGGCAUAUGACAACACUCCACGACAGCAAAGGCGUGACUUUGCUGGCAAUGUGACCCGUUUGCUACGUGGGAGAGGGGUGAUAUUUUGGAAGAAAACAGAGGACGGUGAAUGGGUAGAGGGUACGUUUGAAGAGGCCGAGAAGAAGGUUGGGGACCUGUUUCGGUCGAUGCGUCGGAAGCUUCCAUGA